AUGAAGAGAGAAAACCACACAGUAGUGAGUGCAUUUGUUUUUCAGGGUUUUUCCAGUUUUCAUGAACACAAACUUACUCUCUUCGUGGUAUUUCUUACUUUGUAUAUUUUAACCCUGGCUGGCAAUGUCAUCAUUGUGACGAUUAUCAGCAUUGAUCGUCACCUUCAUACUCCUAUGUACUUCUUCCUUACUGUUCUUUCCAUUUCAGAGACUCUGUACACGUUGGUCAUUGUACCACGAAUGCUCUCCAGCCUGGUAGGUCUCAGCCAACCCAUCUCCUUGGCAGGCUGCGCCACCCAGAUGUUCUUGUUUAUUACUCUUGCUAUCAACAACUGCUUCCUGCUCACAGCAAUGGGGUACGACCGCUAUGUGGCCAUCUGCAAUCCUUUGAGGUAUAUGGUUAUAAUGAACCACAGGGUGUGUGCCCAGCUUACAUCAAGUGCUUGCUGUAUCGGGUUGCUUGUGGCCAUAAUACAGAUUUCGUCUGUAUUCAGGUCGCCAUUUUGUGAUAGAGAAAUAACCCAUUAUUUUUGUGACAUCCGCCCAGUUAUGAAGCUUUCCUGUGCUGAUACAACUGUACAUGACAUAAUUAAUUUUGUCAUUAGUUCAUUGGUAAUUGUUGUGCCUAUGGGCCUGGUUCUCAUCUCCUACAUCCUCAUCGUCUCCACCAUUCUGAAGAUUGCUUCUGCGGAGGGUCGAAAGAAAGCUUUUGCAACUUGUGCUUCCCAUCUCACUGUGGUCAUUAUCCACUACGGCUGUGCCUCCAUUGCCUACCUUAAACCCAAGUCGGAGAACACCAGGGAUCAGGACCAGCUGAUUUCAGUAACAUACACUGUGUUUACUCCGCUCCUUAAUCCUGUUGUGUACACGUUGCGGAAUAAGGAGGUCAAAGACGCCUUUCGUCGUGUUAUUGGCAAGAAACCUCUUGCCUAG